CGUUUUUUAAACAAGCUUUUCAACGGACAAAUCCAACUAGACUUCAUUUACGUAGACGUUCCGUUGAUGGAGCGACGCGCGUGCACGAUUCUUCACUUUUGAAAUCGUUUUCUGUGAAUGUGUGUUAUGUCGGGGUGUUGUCGGGAGAAACCGUGAAACAUUUGCUGCUGUUCUCGGACAACGGAGAAUCUUGUGGUUUAUUCCGAGCUCAGGCUGAUGGAAUUGCGCUGACCAACGACUGACAACACAGGGAAAUACCCAUAGAUCUUCAAUACAAAGACCUCGGAUUUCUGCCUACGGCUCAUUCCCAGACAGGACCAGCAAUCAUCUGCGUGACCUCUUUAACUGACCCCAUGAGGACAGCUCAGGGAGAUGGAACGUAACAGACUUUUCUCUCUUACUCGCUAUUGCAUUUCCACGAUAACUCACCAGGGCUGAGCACAACCUCAGCCCCUCGUCCACCCCAACCCUUCCACUGUCCCCCCAUUCCUGUCCUCCCUUUUCUUGCUCCCUGAAAGACCAAAUCAAACAGGACCACUUUUUUAAUAGUUUAACUUUCCUUUGCCCUUCACCGGGUACCAAGCAAAGCGGACGUCAAUAAACAAGCGACGCGAAGAAGGGAAGAACGAGGCAGUCAUGUUUCCGCUCCGUGCCUGUAAACGGGAUUUGGGCCAUGCCCGCAAUUCGGAGGCCACCCAUGCAAUUACUCUUCUCUGGUUGGCACUGUGGAUCGCCUUGACAUCGUGCCAGCGCAUUGAUCCUGGCACCAAAUAUCCCACCGUCACCACAAACUAUGGCAAAUUGCGUGGGAUUAAAAAAGAUCUUAACAACGAGAUCCUGGGUCCCGUGGAACAGUACCUGGGCAUCCCCUAUGCCACAGCGCCAAUAGGAGACCGCCGCUUUCAGCCCCCAGAAGCUCCCGGGUCCUGGCAGGAAGUGCGUAACGCCACACAGUUCGCCCCUGUUUGCCCGCAGAACGUGCACGGCGUUUUGCCCGAGAUAAUGCUGCCUGUGUGGUUUACUGACAGCUUGGAUGUGGCUGCCACCUACAUUCAGAAUCAGAGUGAAGACUGUCUCUACCUCAACAUCUAUGUGCCCACAGAGGAUGGUCCACUCACAAAAAAACACGAUGAAUCAACACUGAACCGGCCACGAGAUGAAGACAUCCGUGACCGCAGGAAGAAACCUGUCAUGCUGUUUAUUCACGGUGGCUCUUAUAUGGAAGGAACCGGAAACAUGUUUGAUGCCAGCGUGCUUGCGGCAUAUGGCAAUGUCAUUGUAGUCACCAUGAACUAUAGGCUGGGAGUUCUGGGUUUUCUGAGCACAGGAGAUCAGUCUGCCAAAGGGAACUACGGUCUUCUGGAUCAGAUCCAGGCGCUGCGUUGGCUGAACGAGAACAUCGGACACUUCGGUGGCGACCCCGAACGCAUCACUAUCUUCGGCUCUGGGGCCGGAGCGUCUUGUGUGAACCUACUCAUCCUGUCCCACCACUCCGAGGGCCUGUUUCAGAGAGCCAUUGCUCAGAGUGGUUCAGCGAUCUCCAGCUGGUCCAUCAGCUACCAGCCCCUGAAGUACACCAAGAUCCUGGCCCGGAAAGUGGGAUGCACAUAUGGGGAGACCGCAGACCUGGUGGACUGUCUCCGCAGGAAAAACUUCAGAGAGCUGGUGGACCAGGACAUCCAGCCGGCCCGCUACCACAUCGCGUUUGGACCCGUGAUGGACGGAGACGUUGUGCCGGACGACCCCGAGAUCCUGAUGCAGCAGGGGGAGUUCUUGAACUACGACCUUCUGAUUGGUGUAAAUCAAGGGGAGGGUCUGAAGUUCGUGGAUGAUGGAGGCACUGAGAGUGAAGAGGGGAUCUCAGCUGCUGCCUUCGACUACACAAUCUCCAACUUUGUGGAUAACCUCUAUGGAUACCCUAAAGGUAAAGACAUCCUGAGGGAGACUAUUAAGUUCAUGUACACAGACUGGGCGGACCGAGACAAUGGGGAAAUGCGGCGCAAGACUCUCCUGGCAUUAUUCACUGAUCACCAGUGGGUGGCGCCAGCCAUCGCUACUGCCAAACUCCACGCGGACUAUCAGUCUCCCGUCUACUUCUACACGUUCUACCACCACUGCCAGACCGAGACCCGACCCGAGUGGGCAGACGCAGCUCACGGGGACGAGAUACCGUAUGUGUUUGGCGUGCCCAUGAUCGGAGCAACUGACCUCUUCCCUUGCAACUUUUCCAAGAACGACGUCAUGCUUAGCGCUGUGGUCAUGACCUACUGGACCAACUUUGCCAAGACCGGGGAUCCCAACUUGCCUGUUCCUCAGGACACCAAGUUCAUCCACACCAAGCCCAACCGCUUUGAGGAAGUGAUCUGGACCAAGUUCAACUCUAAAGACAAGCAGUAUCUCCACAUUGGCCUGAAGCCUCGCAUCCGGGACAACUACCGAGCAAAUAAGGUUGCCUUCUGGUUGGAACUGGUUCCCCACCUCCACAACCUUCACGAGGAGGUCUUCAGCACCGCCACAACCCGACUCCCUCCGGGUACCGCCCGAACCCCACACUGGAAGGGUCCGGGACCCCGUACCACACGCCAUCCCAUCCCAACCUUCCCUUCAGAGCCGGACGCCGAUAGUUCAGAGCCGCCUCGAUUCCCUCCCUUCCCGAGCGACACCCGGGAUUACUCGACAGAACUGAGCGUGACGGUCGCCGUCGGGGCGUCGCUCCUCUUCCUUAACAUCCUGGCCUUCGCCGCGCUUUACUACAAACGCGACAAACGGCACGAGAUGCGACGGCACCGGUUGUCCCCGCAACGAGGCGUUCCCUCUAAUGACUUGGCACACAGCCAGGAGGAAGAGAUCAUGUCCUUGCAAAUGAAGCACUCGGAGCACGACUCCCACCACGACAUGGAGCCAUUGCGACCGCAUGAUAUUUUACGUCCCGCAUGCCCUCCCGACUACACGCUGGCGCUGAGGCGGGCGCCCGACGAUGUCCCGCUCAUGACCCCUAAUACUAUCACCAUGAUUCCUAGCACCAUCACCGGCAUGCAACCGCUCCAUGCCUUCAACACCUUCCCCACAACCACCGGGCACAACAACACCUUACCCCACCCUCACUCCACCACACGUGUAUAGUAGCGCCACCGAACGAGAGGACUAGCUCUCAUACGUAUCCAGUUUUCUCUCUCUGUCCACCUUUUCAAGCUCCUGAACUUCAGACGCUCUCGGUUACGCUGCCAAGAACAGCGACAGCGAAU